AUGGGCGCUCAGCUAUCCUUAUCUGCCCAAACUUCGCCUUCAAUUGCUAUUUCCUCAUAUAUUGAUGUGUUGGAUGAAGUUCAUUAUGUAUCGCAAUUAAACUCUUCCAGAUUUCUGAAAACAUGUAAAGGGCUGGAUCCCAAUGGUGAAAUCGUUAUCAAAGUAUUCAUUAAGCCUGCGGAAGAUUACAACUUAAAGAAAAUCCAAAGGACCAUUGAAUCGGAGGCAUUGUUAUUGGCGCCGCUCCCUAAUGCCCUAAAUUUUAGCAAAGUGAUAGAGUCGAAUAGAGCUGGAUAUCUGAUACGACAACAUCUUAAGAGUAAUUUAUAUGAUAGACUCAGCUCAAGACCUCAUCUACAGAAUAUUGAAUUGAAAUUUAUGACUUUCCAAUUGUUACAGGCGCUUAAUGAUAUCCAUACUUUAAACAUUACACAUGGUGAUAUUAAGACGGAAAAUAUCAUGGUGACGAGUUGGGAUUGGUUAGUAUUGACUGAUUUCUCAACUGCUAUAAAGCCAGUUUAUCUGCCAGAUGAUAAUCCCGGCGAAUUCUCGUUUUAUUUUGAUACUUCUAAGAGGAGAACUUGUUAUGUGGCACCUGAAAGGUUUAAUUCAGCACUUCAUUCGAAAACGAAAGGUAGUGUGGGUCAAGUAACAAAGGAAAUGGAUAUAUUUAGUAUGGGCUGCUGUAUUGCAGAGAUGUACGCUGAAGGGAGACCGCUUUUUAACCUUUCCCAGUUGUUUAAAUACAAGAAUGAAGAUUAUGAUGUUUUUGAAUUUUUGAAGGAAGAAGUGUAUUCUGAACCUUUACAAAAUCUUAUUUUGGAUAUGAUUCAAUUGGAUCCUAAAAAGAGGCUUUCAUGUAAACUGUUAUUGGAAAAGUACCGGGGGUCGUUUUUUCCAGAAUAUUUUUACACUUUUACUUACGAAUAUCUGAGAACUUUAGCAACCUUUGGAACUGGUACACCGACAUCUGGAUCUAUCUGUGCUCAUACAACUAUUGAGGACCAAUUGACUGUUAUUGACAAAUGCUGUGAAAAAGUCUACUUAGACUUUGGUAAAAUCUGUGAAUCCCUGGGUUAUAAGUUGGAUACACAUAUCAAGGAGAAUAAAGUUAAGGAACAGGACAGUUGGGAGUUGUUCUUCUCAUCUUCUGUACACCUAUCGGACUGUGGUACAUUAAAAUUAAAGGAUAUGGAAAAUGUUUCGCCAGCGGUUAAAGAAGAAUCAAUUUUACUCUUUAUAUCUUACAUUUCUCAUGGAUUGAGACAUAUUGCAUCAAGCACUACGAAGCUGCGAUGCAUAGAGAUGUUAGCUGCCUUCUCUCAAUUUUUGUCAGAUGAAAAUAAAAUAGACAGAGUGAUUCCUUAUUUGGUCACUUGUUUUGAGGACGAUUACCCAAACGUACAAGCACUGGCACUUCAGGCAGUUUCUCAGAUUCUAUACACAAUUAAGCGAGUCAAUCCAAUUAAUGAGAAUUUCUUCUUAGAUUACCUCCUACCAAGACUGAAAAGAUUAUUACAAUUGAGCAAACAAAACACUUAUAUGCGCAUGGUACUUGCAAAUUGUUUAGGUGAUUUCGUUACUGUUGCUAACCGAUUUGAAGAAUUAUCCUAUUUCACUAGCUCCUUUGGUCAUCAAGAUGGACUCACUCAUGGGAUGGAAAAUUUGGAAAUUACAAACAAACAGAUCAAAAAACUAGUCCAACAGGUUGAAGAGUUGGUAGUAGCAUUACUGACUGAUAAUGAGACUCGAGUCAAGAUGGCUCUCCUGGCAAAUAUUUUACCUUUGUGCAAGUUCUUUGGUCGUGAGAAGACAAAUGAUGUUGUGUUAAGCCAUUUAAUCACCUACUUGAACGAUAAGGAUUCAUCUUUGAGAAUUAAACUAAUACAAACUAUCUCUGGGAUAGCGAUUUUGUUAGGUCCUAUCACUUUAGAACAAUACAUUCUACCUCUCUUGGUCCAAACAAUUACAGAUCCAGAGGAAUUGGUGGUUGCAAAUGUACUUCAAAGUUUGAAGGAUUUGUGCAAAACUGGUUUAAUUGGGAAGAGGUUUUUUUACGAUAUAUGCACUACCGUGGCUCCAUUAUUAUUACACCCGAAUAAUUGGAUCAGACAAUUCUCAUUACUCUUGAUUGUGGAGAUAUCUAGUAAGCUGAGCAAGGCAGAAGUUUAUUGCGUACUUUACCCUAUUGUGAGACCGUUUUUCGAAUUUGAUGUUGAAUUUACUUACGAUUUAAUGCUUUCAAGUUGUAAAUCUCCUGUAUCUCGCACCGUUUACAACCUACUUUGUAGCUGGCUUUUGAGAGCAUCAAAAUCCUUGUUUUGGCAACAGGUACCCAAUAAACAUGUGGAUUCCUUUGGAAAUAGUAGCACUACUUUUGUUACCAAGGGUUACUCUUCUAAGAACUAUGGAUUUAACAAUGUAAUCAAAGCUUCAAAAUCUACUGUGAGAUCAUUUGAUAACAAAGAAAUUCCACUGACGACAGAAGAUAAAAAUUGGAUUGAUAAAUUCAAGGCAAUUGGCCUUUCGGAGAAUGAUCUCUGGAAAAUUGCCAUACUCCGUGGUUAUGUUGUCAGGACUGCCAAACUUGUCUCCCAUAAAAGAGACUCUUCGGCGGGAAAUGGAAAGAAUAACGGUAAAUUCGAUAGCCAGCAUGGGGUUACUCUCGCAAAUGUCAUGCCCAGGAAUGUUUUCUUUGACGUUGAAUUUGCCGAGCAUCAAGAUUUCGUUUCUUCAUCUGUUGAUGAAGAUAGUCGCCAGAGUGUUUCUAAAAGCAACACUGGUAAGCCAACACCAUCCUUACCAGAUGUGAAAGAUUUCGAUGGAUCAUUGAUGUUCAACACAAAGGCAACACCCACAAUCACACCCAGCUUAAAAAAUAUUUACGUUCAAUUAGAACCAACCGCUCACCAUAAGGAAGUUCCAGAUCAUGUAUUAGAAAGAACCAAUACUGAACCUAGAUUUAUUAUUCAUGAUAGUUACGAAGGUGAUUCCAGUACCAUAAAGAAAUUUUUGAGUAACAUUACGGUGCUUCCUUCACUGAAAGAUUACGAGGAAUUUGGUCCCAUUAAAACUAUCUCAGAGAAUUCAAGCUCUUUUAAAAUAUUCAAUGGUACAUUAGCGGCUACUUUAACGGAAAAUGAGCCACAUGCUAUUGUAGCUAUGACUUCAUCUAAUGGGAUGGUGCCUUAUUUGCUUACUGGAUCGGUGAGUGGUCUAGUGAAACUUUGGGAUACGAAUAAGACCGCCUCAGGAGAGAUGUAUUCAUCGUCAUACAGUCAAGAUUUGGGCUCUACUAUUACGGAUAUAACGAUGCUUCAAGGUUACGAUGCAUUCUGCCUUGCGACAAAGGAAGGUAAUUUAAGUGUUGUUAGAGUCCUCUUACGGGGACAGCAAAGAAAGUCCCCUACUUUUCAUACUAUAAGGAAAAUUAGUAUUAACCCCAGUCACGAAAUUGAAGAAUUCGCCAUCAGUUUGAAAACUGUUAUUACAGAAGAUAGAGCGUUGCUCUUUGCAUCAAUUAACACUUGUAAAAUUUUGGUUUAUGAUAUUCGAACUAUGGAACGUAUAUCGGAAGUAGAAACACCAGUGACCCAUGGUGCCGUUUCCUCUUUCAUUCCUGAUGAAAACGGUGAUGUAUUAAUUGUGGGCACCACGAAGGGCAUUAUAGAGGUCUGGGAUAUGAGAUUCAACCUACUGAUCAAGAGUUGGACGUUUGGUGAUCAUACUCCAAUUACUCACUUAGAAAGAUGUGCUUCACUGGGUAAAAACAGCCUUAUAGUGGCGGGCGGUUCUUCAGAAGCAAUGCUAACCAUAUGGAAUUAUUGUAAGGGUCAAUGCCAACAGGCAGUGAUAAACUCGGAUGAACGGCCAUCUGUAGAGCAUUUCAUGCCGGUGGAGAGGAAAUUGGAGGAGAUUGCAUUUUGCGGUUCGGAUCAAAAGAUGCAGACGCUUGGAUCGUUAUGCGUAUAUGGAACUAAGAUAUUUGCCGCGGAUGGAAUUUCUAACGAUAUCAUCAUGAUCGAUGUGAAAGACCUACCGUCUUCCCAAAUGUUGGUGGCUCAAAAGAGACGUACAUACUCGUUCGUUCCCGUGCAAGUAACUGCUCAUCUAACCUUUCUGCUCAAGAAAAGAUUGUCACCUCUUCAGAUUUCCACACCAGCUUACUGUAAUGACACUAUCAAUUGCAUAAAAGUUACACAUACCAAAGACAACAAACCCCUGCUUGCCACUGCUGAUAAUUCUGGUGUAAUCAAUUUUAUAAGUUGA